UUCUCCUCCACUUUCUUUCUACCGCAAUUUCGGCCCUCAAAUGCCAGUUCAAAUUGUUAAGGCUACAUUUAAAAGUGCAUUUAUGCUUCAAUUAUAAUUACAGCUUUGUUCUGGUUAAAGCUGCUUGACAACGCAGUAAAAAUGAGUAAUUGGAAGCUCCUGAGGGCAAUUCUUCUGCCCAGGAACAUUGCUUUGGCAGCAGUACCUAUAGCUGUCAAUGCAAAAGAAGAACCACAGAAAGGAAAGACUGCCCUGCGACCUAGUGAACUUCCUAUUUAUACCGAAGAACUUGUAAAAAAAGCUGCACCUGAAACUGCAAAUGAUGAAGUUAGUGCUAUUGAAGAGCUUGUCGGAACAGUGAGAAAAGAAUUCUGCUCACUUGCUGGUGAAGUUAACAGCUUAACCAACAAAGCUUCAGCAGUAGUGAAGGAAAAUUUGGAAGCUUCUAAUGAAAUUCUUGACUUCCUGAAGGAGGAGGAUAACGUUCUGCCAAGAGCUGGUGCAAUUGCACUGGGUGGUCUGACAGGUUUUGUCUUUGGCCUACGAGGUGGUUUCUUCAAGCGCCUCAUCUACAUGUCAUUUGGAGCGGGAGGUGUGGCUGCUCUUUGCUAUCCUAAGGAGGCUGAGGAAUACUUUAACGAAGGGAUGGUCGAGGUUCGAAAGUAUGGCCUGAUUGGUCACCAUUUAGCCACAUCAAUUUUGGAUGAUUUACGAGGAACAUCUUCAGAUUCUGGUAGUUCUCCUGCUAAAGAAGAGAAGGAGAAGAAAUGAGGCUGAUUAUGUCUGUUGUUCAUAGCAUUGUAACAAUAGUAAUGGCUGUGUAAAGUUUUCUGUAUUCUGAUCCUGCGUUCCAGACCUGGUCCUGAUGCCAUCAUUUCAUUGUGAGCAGUUUUUAAUUUUGGUUUGUUGAGCUGCUCCACUGCUGCUUGAGUCUAGUCUGCAGCUGUUAGCAGCUGAACCAUCAUCAAAGCUUUUAGAAUGUAAAGGGUCCAGCAAACCUGUCUCUUGUUUACAGAUGCUCCUGCCGUCUUUGAUUUUUAAAACCUUGCUUAUUGCCUAGAUUUGUCAUUUAUUAACUCAUUUUUCUUAGUUUCGUAUUUAACGACAUUACUUUCUAUGACUCAGAUUUCAAUUGUACUGUAAAUAGCUGUUGCUGGCUUGCAGCUGUCACAAACUGUUAUGAAUCUUUGUUAUUUUGUUUUCCUGAAAUACAAUCUUUACAAGGAUCAUGCCAUAUC